UCUACUUUCGGCGCGAAUCUAGCGACAUUUUUCUAUUUCUCAGGGGACAGUGGCUCCAUGGGAUUGGCCUGGCCUUUGGAGGAAGCUUGUCUCUGGGACGUGGGGACUGUAUCUGUAUCUCAAGAUCCUUGGCAGCAAUCCCGAGAGGGGAGAAGAGGUGUAACUUGGCCCCAGGCAGUGCAGGAAAUCCGAGAGCGAGCAGCCAUCUUGUCCUAGCGGAUCUGGCUCCGGACUACAUUUCCCAGAGACCCUAGCGCGUAUAGGGCCGACCCAUCACUUGCCUGCGGGACCCUCGGCCUCCGGGGAAGGGGAAGUGCAAGCUCUGUCUUUCUCAGAGAGGUCCCCUGAGGAGAAGGAAGAAUGGCUGUUGACCAAGCCCAAUACAAGGAGAACAGCCCCAAGGAGGACUAAUCAUCUCCUGUAAUACUGAAAGCCAUGGCCCAGGGUUCAGUGAUGUUCACUGAUGUGUCUAUAGACUUCUCUCAAGAGGAGUGGGAAUUCCUGAACCCUGAUCAGAGGGACUUGUACAGAGAUGUGAUGUUGGAAAACUAUAGCAAUCUGGUGUCAAUGGGACUUUACAUUCCCAAACCUCAAGUUAUCUCCUUAUUGGAACAAGGGAAAGAGCCAUGGAUGAUUGGCAGAGAGCUGACAAGAGGCCUGUGCUCAGCUCUGGAAUCAAUGUGUGAAACCAAGUUAUUAUCACUAAAGAAGGAAGUUUACGAAAUAGAAUCAUGCCAGAGGGAAAUGAUGGGACUUAGAAAACAAGGCUUUGAAUAUUCCAGUUUCCGAGAUGUUUUGGAAUAUAGAAGUCACUUUGAAAAACAAUUGGGAUAUCAAAAUGGGCAUUUCAGCCAAGAAAUACUCCCUCAUGAGUACAUGCCCACAUUUAUUCAACAGACAUUCUUUACUUUACAUCAAAUUAACAAUGAAGAGAAACCCUAUGAAUGUAAGAAAUGUGGAAAGGUCUUUAGUCAGAAUUCACAAUUUCUUCAACAUCAGAGAAUUCAUAUUGGCGAAAAAUCUUACGAAUGUAAAGAGUGUGGGAAAUUCUUUAGCUGUGGCUCACAUGUUACUCGACAUCUGAAAAUUCAUACAGGUGAAAAACCCUUUGAAUGUAAAGAAUGUGGAAAGGCCUUCAGCUGUAGCUCAUACCUUUCUCAGCAUCAGAGAAUUCAUACGGGUAAGAAACCCUAUGAAUGUAAGGAAUGUGGGAAGGCCUUUAGUUAUUGCUCAAAUCUUAUUGACCAUCAGAGAAUUCACACUGGUGAAAAGCCCUACGAAUGUAAAGUUUGUAGAAAAGCCUUUACUAAGAGCUCACAACUUUUUCAGCAUGUGAGAAUUCAUACAGGUGAGAAACCCUAUGAAUGCAAGGAAUGUGGCAAAGCUUUUACUCAGAGCUCAAAGCUUGUACAACAUCAGAGAAUUCAUACAGGUGAGAAACCGUAUGAGUGCAAAGAAUGUGGCAAGGCCUUUAGUAGUGGCUCAGCACUUACUAAUCAUCAGAGAAUUCACACAGGAGAGAAACCCUAUGAUUGUAAGGAAUGUGGGAAGGCUUUUACUCAGAGCUCACAACUUCGUCAACAUCAGAGAAUUCAUGCUGGUGAGAAACCUUUUGAAUGUCUUGAAUGUGGGAAGGCCUUUACUCAGAACUCACAGCUUUUUCAACAUCAAAGAAUUCAUACAGAUGAAAAACCAUAUGAAUGUAAUGAAUGUGGAAAGGCCUUUAAUAAAUGCUCCAACCUUACACGACAUCUCAGAAUUCAUACUGGUGAAAAGCCCUAUAACUGUAAGGAAUGUGGAAAGGCAUUUAGUAGUGGCUCAGAUCUCAUUCGUCAUCAGGGAAUUCAUACUGAUGAAUAAUAAAAGUUAAAGCUCUUCUCACCUUCCCGAUCUUUUAAACAAAGAGAAAAUUAAGGUUUGAUAGUUAUCCUCUUUCACUAUUUUUUGUUUAUUUUAUAGAAAAUAAAUACAUUUUAAAAAUAUAUUUCUUAAAAUAUAUAAAAAAUAUAUUUCUUAAAAUAUAUUUAAUCCAAAUAUAUUUUACUCUAAGUUAGGAAUUUGGAUUCUAAAUUGAUAUUUGCUUGUCUCCACCCCUCUCCUUCCCCACUCCAUCUUGUAUUAAUGUCACUUCAAUAGUUUUAUCCUUUCCUACUGUUUUGUUCUAGCUUCUUGGUGAUAUAUUAUAUUAUUGUUUAUAUUUGCUUGAAUCUCAAGGCUAUUCUCUGAUCUAUAUGUUUGUGCUUACACCAGUAUCACACUGUUUAAACUGUGUGACUUUGUAUUUUUAAUUCCUUGUAGAAUUAAUUAUAAUCUUGUUCUUGAAGUAAGUUUUAAUCCUUUUGUUUCAUUUCACACAUUUAUAUUUUCUUACUAGAAAACAAUAUCAGAAAACUAGAACCUAAAAAAGCCAGCAUUAAUUGUAAUCAUGCCAUCUAUAUAUAGAUAAUGACUCUCAAUUGGUAGAGCAAAUCCUACCAGACUUUGCUUUUAAAGAAAAUGUAGUCAUGGUACACAUGUUGUACCUUUACCUGCUUUUAUAAUAUAGUCAAAAAUAUGAUUGCUAUUUCAGUAUAUAGAGAUUUUUAUUAUUUUUAUUGAUAUAUUUAAUGACAUGUUUAAAUGACCUUAUUAUUCAUGUUAUGGUUGCAUCUAAUUGUUUUUGGUUAUAAAAUCUUCCUUUAUUAAUAUGACCCAAAGUUUAUCUUUGGAUGUUUUGGCUUUUUCCUUUUAAAACAUCUACUUUAGUUGGUGAAAUUAUCUACAUUUUGUCCUUGUAAACUGUCUUAUUCCUUUCACCAAGCCUAACCCCAGUCUCAUAUGAGAAAGGUAAUUAACCACCAUUAUCAAUAUUAUUUAUCUUUCCAGAUUUUUUUAACUUUUUACUUAUAUAUGUUAGUGACAUUUUCUUUUUUAUGUAUUAAUAAAUAUAAUCAUGCUGUAUGUGUUGGUUUGUUGUGAUGAUUUGAUGAAUUAAUAAAUAUUCAGAACUUUUCCUA